GAGAAUCCACAUAUAACAAAGGAGGAAUGGGAAUGGCUACGGUCCGUGGAUAUCAAUACCUGUAGUCCUCCAACACCGGUGCAGUUCGUCUUUCAUGCAGCGCUUGUUGGUGCAGCAUCUCGUCUACUUCAUGAUCUCGAUAUAGACACUGAUCUCAUACCAAGUCAACGUCUUUAUCGUCUUCAAGUUUUUCAAUUGCAGUUCGACGUUUCGUUCAUCAUUCUGCUACCAAAAAUUGAAGAUGUUUGUAGCGCACCGAGCUAUUCACCGUUAAAAUCAUUGCCUGUUCAACAAGGAUGCCUCAUACUUCCACUGCAAGUCUUCGAAACGAUUCAUUUUUGUGCGUACAGUCCGGAAUUCAUCAGCACUUAUUGUCGUUUAUCUCUCUUCAUCGAGCACUUUUCAACGUUCAUCCAGUAUGAACAGAGAAACAGCCUCUUGGAAAGAGAUAUACGCGUCUAUGGCGAUAUACUUGCAAAACUCAGCGAAUUCCAGCAAAGGUUGGAAAACAUCUGGAAAUCAGUGAGAUGGAUUGGAAAUGUUGCGUCCACAGCACGCGAUAAACAGGCUAAAUGCGCAGUACCACUGGGACGUUUGUUUGCGAUCACCAAUGGACUCGACGACAAUGGCUACCACAGUGACCAGGGAACCAGAAGUGGUUCAACGAGCUCGGGCAGCACACUGCACCUUGAUGUUUCUGAUUUGCGUCCUCGAAGUGCCAGCUCAAUUGGAGACUCUCCGUCUGAACCCUGGCUCGAUGAAUGUUUCCAACCACGAAAAGCCCACGUCUCAACCGGUGUGAUCAAGGUUUACGCUGCUUAUCAAUGUGGCCUUACAAGUGGGACGUCGGUCCGACUUCAGGUGGCAUCAACAACAACCGCACGCGAAGUAGUGGCUCUUGUUGUAGAACAGUUAGCUAAAGCGGCAGCUGAAUGCGGAAAAAUAGUGGGGUCUAUCGACCCGGACGACUUUUGUUUGGCAGCUGUAGUUGGCUCCAGGGAACGCAGACUGCGGGAUGACUUCCCGCCAAUGAAAUUACAGAAUCCUUGGGCUGAAGGUCGCUUGUUCGUGAGGCGUCGCGACAGCGUCCUAGCAGCUCUGCAAAAGGGUAAUGAAGCAGUCGUUUGAAU